AUGCCACAAUCAUCUAAAUAUUUCUAUACGUGUUUAACUUCUGAAACAGCAAUCCAAAUAUUUACUAAUCAUCAAUUGAAAAAGAAACAAAAGGAAGAAAUCUUAAGAUCUAAUGAUAAAAUUGUUAUUUAUACAGAUGGUUGUUGUAAAACUAAUGACAAGGGGUGUUUUGCUGGAAUUGGGAUUUAUCACGAGGAUGGAAGUAAACAAAUCACUGAGUCAUUACCAGGUUCAUUACAGGAUAACAAUCAUGCGGAAAUUUAUGCGGUAGUUCGUGCUCUUGAAAUAUGCGAAAAUCGAGAAAAGGUACUUGAGAUUAGGACCGAUAGCAGAAAUGUGGUUAACGCGUUUGAAAGUUGGAUCAACAUAUAG